AUGAAUUUUGAUCUGCCUAAGGAGUUACGAACCUAUCUACAAUCAAUCGAUACUUUUAUCGAUCAGAAAAUCUCACCGUUACAGCAUAAAGACGACAAUAAUCGUUUCUUUGACCAUCGCCGCGAGCAUGCACGCACCGACUGGGAUAAGCAAGGCAAUCCACGUCCGGAAUGGGAACAAUUACUGAAGGAGGCACGCGAACUGGCAGACGAUGCUGGCUUCUAUCGUUUCGCUCUGCCUCGAGAAUAUGGAGGACAAGAACACCCCAAUAACAACGUGUGGAUGUCGGCAAUUCGAUUCCAUCUUGCUUCACAUCCAGUCUAUGGAGGCGGACUCGGCCUUGCCAAUGACCUACAAAACGAGCACAGCAUCAUCGGCAAUUUCCCAGACGUGUUGAUGGUUCACCAUUUCGGAAGUGAAGAACAGCGACAAGUGCUUAUUCCUGCGCGCCUGCGUGGGCAAUUUCGUAUGACGUUUGGCCUGACCGAGCCAGAUCACGGCAGCGAUGCGACCUUCAUGUCGACCACGGCGCAUGCAAUACGCGACGGCUUCGAGAUUUCCGGGGCGAAGAAGUGGCAAACAGGGGCUCACCACUGUACGCACUUUUUGAUCUUUGCGCGCACAUCGGGCACAGCUGGCUCUGCCAGAGGCAUCACAGCAUUCCUCGUGCCUCGGGACACUCCUGGGGUGCGUAUCGCUAGCUACGAAUGGACACUCAACAUGCCGACCGACCACGCCACCGUCGAGCUGGACCGAGCGUGGGUCCCGAGCUCCGCGGUGGUGGGUAUCGUCGAUCAAGGACUCGCGCUCGCGCAAACCUUUGUGCAUGAAAAUCGCAUUCGCCAGGCCGCUAGUUCCUGUGGCGCUGCGAAGUAUUGUCUAGAUCGCAGUAUUGAACGUGCACGGUCGCGUCAAAUUUGGGGUGAAGGAAAGACGCUUGCCGACAAUCAAGCCAUCCAGUUCCCCGUAGUCGAGUUAAUGACUCAAGUAGAAAUGUUACGAUUGCUCAUCCUUAAGACGAGCUGGGAAAUGGAUCGUGUGGUGGCCGAUUGUCGAUCCACUAGCAAACGGCCUUGGGUCGAGAUUGAACGUCAACUGAGCGAUCGCGUGGCGAUGUGUAACUUUUGGGCAAAUCGCCUUUGCUGUCAGGCUGCAGACCGAGCAAUUCAGAUCCACGGAGGCGAUGGAUACUCUCGCCACUAUCCCUUUGAGCAUAUAUAUCGCCAUUUCCGUCGCUAUCGAAUCACUGAAGGAGCAGAAGAGAUUCAAAUGCGCAAAAUUGCAGCUUACCUCUUUGGCUUUGCAGGCCCACAGAAAAAAGAGGCGAAGAUUUAA